GCCCUGGCAGGCCAGAGCCGGCCAGACUGGGUGUGCGCGAGGCCCCGGCGGCUGCAGUGGACGUGGCUGGGCCGUGCUGAGCUGCGCUUCGCAGACUGCAUCCUCCACGUGUCCACGCUGCAGAUGUACAUCCUGCUGCACUUCAACAGCGCUGAGGAGGUGGCGGUGGAGGCCCUGCUGCAGGCGACGGGGCUCCCUGCCGAGCUGGUGCACCAGGCCCUGGCCCCGCUGACCCACGGUGAUGGCAUCCUGGUGCAGAGCUGCACGCAGGGGGCUCCAGGUGCCCUGCGGCUGAACCGGGUGGCCCUGGCCCAUGCCUCUGGCCGCCAGCUGAGGCUGCUGCCCCGGCAGAGGUACCUGCGGGCAGAGAGGGCUGAGAGCAGUGCCUUGGAGAGGAAAAGGAAUGUUCUCUGCUGCCUCAUCACCCGCAUCCUCAAGGCGGAAAAGCAGCUGCACAUCGACAACCUGGUGUUUAAGGUGAUCGAUGCCUGUGAGAGGGAGAGCUGGGGGACCCCCGCGUCCUCCGUCCUCCACACCGUCCGCGUGCUGAGCGCGUACGCCGGCAUCGGCGCGCUGGCGGGCGCCUUCAAGGAGACGGGAGCCCUCGAGCUGCUGACGGAGAUGCUGUGCCACGAGGAGAAGGCGAUCUGCCGCGGCGCCGGCGAGAUGCUGAGGGCUCUGGCUUCGCACGACGCAGGGAGUCGGACCUAUAUCCUUCUGUCUCUGAGCCAGCAGGAUGGCAUCGAGCAGCACAUGGACUUUGAUGGCCGUUACACCUUGCUGGAGCUGUUUGCUGAGACGAUGUCCUCUGAAGAGCACUGUGUGUCCUUUGAGGGCAUUCAUCUCCCCCAGAUCCCCGGGAAGCAGCUGUUCGCCCUGGUGAAGCGCUACCUGUGCGUCACUUCUCUCCUGGACAAGCUCAACAGCGACGAGGAGCAGAGCGAGGAGCGGCAGAAGAGCAGCCGUGUAAAGCAGGAGUUUGAGUUCAGCAUGGCUAUGGCAAACCUCAUCUUGGAGCUGGUGCACGUGAUGGGCUGGGACCACAGCCACAAGCCGGAGUCGCCAUCCCAGCAGGAGACGAAGCCUCGCACCACCCGCUCCAUCUUCCAGCCUAAAACCCCAGCCUGCAUUGCUAACCCAGUGCCUGUGCUCUCUUCUAACCAUGGUUGCCAGAAAAAGCAAAAUUGUGCCUUCCUGACCCCAUCAGACUUUGCUGACUGGAGUGACUAUGUGGAGUAUUUGAAGGCACACCUUGUGCGCGGCAUGUGGGUGCGCAUGCUGGAGGACUGUGGUGACAUUAGAGCUGGGGAUGAAGGCAAGUUUCUUCAGGGCAGUUAUAAGAUGCACACAGCACAGGUUUUGUGGCAGUCAACAGGUCAGACCUGCUGGAUGCAUUGGCACAUGUUGGAGAUUAUUGGCUUUGGAGAGGAGCGGGAUGAUCCUGGUGGUCAGGAGAAAGAGUGUAAUCUGGUAGAAAGCUUUAAUCUAGACAAAGCUGCACAGCCGCUUUUCUCCAAGCCCCCGGGGGGACUGUACUCACUGCCUUACCUGGGGGAGCAGCCGAGCAGAGCUGCAGCGACCCUGAGCCGCGCUGAGUGGUGGGAGCUGCUCUUCUUUGUGAAGAAGCUGGAAGUGCGGGAGCAGGAGGAGAUCAUCCGACUCAUCCAGCAGGAGCACACUGAGCAGCUGUCGGAGCCGGCCGAGGACGCCCUGCUGCAGCUGCCGGUCCCUGCGGAGCUGGCCCAGAAGGUGCUGCAGGACCUGGAGAAGCGGCUUCGGGGCAGCGCUCAGAGCGAGCUGCACGGCUCCCGUGUCUACGCCAAGUACCUGGCAGGGAGUGCGGCCGAGCAGCGCGGCGGGGGCAGUGCCACGGUGUGCUCAGAAGGUGAUGACCCCGGAGCUGUGCCGGCCGAGGUGGCGAAGGAAGAGCUUUCCGCAGCCACGACUCUCAGGUCGGAUUCCCAGCUGUUCCGUGAGCUCCUGGAGAGGGAAGGGCUGCGCUUCCCGCAGGCGGCGGAGCGGAGCGAAGCGUGGGGUGGCUGCGAGGGCGGCUGCGAGGGCGGCUGCCUGGCCGAGGUGUGGCGCGUGGUGGACGCGAUCCUGCGUGGUGACUGCGAGGCGGAGCUGCGCGUGGCCGGACUGCGGCACGUGGUGAAGGUGCUGGAGGAGGCCCCGGAGCAGGAGCAGCACUGCAGCAAGGCCCAGGGCGGGCCGGGGACCAGGGAGAAGCUGGUGAAGGCGGUGGUGGAGCUGCUGGGUGCUGAGGAGGCCGAGUCGUGCCCGGCAGCACUGGUGCUGCGGCUGGUGGCCCUGCUGAUGGAGAGGUGUGACUGGUGCGUGCCCUUUGCCACAGAGGGAGGUGUGCGGGCGGUGCUGGCCUGCAUGCGGCAGCACGCGGCCUCGGCCCUGGUGCAGCAGGCCGGCCUGGCGGCCCUGAAGGUGCUGGUGGGAGCCGGAGGUGCCGGCAGGAAGCCGUCGCUGCUGAGCCACGCCGACGCGCAGAUGAUGCGGGAGAUCUUUGCCAGCAUCGGUUCUGCCUGCGGCGAGGGCUCACCUGGCCUGCUGGCUGCCAUCCCCGCUGCCAUCCGUGCCAUGCAGGGCAUGCCAGGGGGCUCCUCGGGCGUGCAGAACGGGCUGCUGGUGGUGAGGAUGCUGGUGGAUGGGCACCGAGGCCUGGCGGAGCAGCUGGUGGGCUGUGACCUACCUGUAGUGCUACAGAGCUGCUGGCGGGCCGGGCAGGAUGCUGGCUGCCCCAACGCCAUGCUGGCCCUGGGCGUCAUCAACCGCCUGGCGGAGCACCAGCUGCCUCGCAGCCCUGAGAUGCCAGGUUCCGAGGUCCUGCUACUGGAGGCGAGGGAGGCACGGGUGCCCGCAGGCGGCCUGUGGGACGGCGCGCUGCCCGAGGACGUGGUGGUGGCCCUGGAACGGCAGCUCUGCGGCGUGGCCGCCAUUCCUGCGGGUGAGGCAUCCCGGCAGCUGCAGGAGCGCCGGUGCUUCCGUCCGCUGCUGCGCAGCCUCGAGCUGCCGGGGGUGGAGAAGGCCGUGGGGCUGCGGAUCCUCAGAAUCUUGAGCGCGUUCCUGGACGGUUACCGGGAGGACGCGCUGCCCUGGCAUGAGUGCGUGGAGCCGUGCCUGUCCUUCCUGAGCGCCCACAGCGGCGACUGUGAGGUGGCACAGGAGGCGGUGGGCUUCUUGCACCGCCUGGCUACCGCCAGCAAGGACUGCGCCGUGGGGAUGUGCCGUGCGGGCGCCCGUGAGACUGUGGCCAAAGCCCUGGACAAGCACGGCCCGGCCCUACCGCUGGCACCGGCCCUGCUAGAGCUGGUGAGCGACUGCGAGAGGCACGCCGCGCUCUACAGGAAGUUGACGGGCAGCAUCUUGGCCGGCUGCAUCCAGGUGGUGCUGGGGCAGAUUGAGGAGCACCGCCGCAGCCAGCGGCCCAUCAGCGUCCCCUUCUUUGACGUCUUUCUGCGCAACCUGUGCCGAGGCUCCAGCGUGGAGGUGAAGGAGGACAAGUGCUGGGAGAAGGUGCAGGUCUCCUCCAACCCACACCGUGCCAGCAAGCUGACGGACAGGAACCCCAAGACCUACUGGGAGUCGAACGGCAGCACCGGCUCCCACUACAUCACCAUCCACAUGCAGUGCGGGGUGGUGGUCAGGGAGAUGAGCAUGCUGGUGGCCAGCGAGGACUCGAGCUACAUGCCGGCCCGCGUGGUGGUGCUGGGAGGGGACAGCCCCGCCGACGUCCGUACGGAGCUGAACGCUGUGACCGUCCUGCCCUCGGCCAGCAGGGUGGUGCUGCUGGAGAACAUGACGCGCUUCUGGCCCGUCAUCCAGAUCCGGGUGAAGCGGUGCCAGCAGGGCGGCAUCGACACGCGCGUGCGUGGCAUCGAGGUGCUGGGGCCCAAGCCCACCUUCUGGCCCAUCUUCAAGGAGCAGCUGUGCCGGCGCACGUUCCUCUUCUGCAGUGCUCGGGCGCACGUGUGGUGCCAGGAGAUCCACCAGGAUCGGGGGCAGCUGCUGCAGCUCUUUGGCAAGCUGAACCGGGCAUUACGGCACGAGCAAGACUUCGCCGACCGCUUCCUUCCGGAUAAUGAGGCGGCCCGAGCCCUGGGCAGGACGUGCUGGGAGGCCCUGGUGACCCCCGUGGUGCAGAGCAUCACCGGCCCAGACGCCAGCGGCAUCAGCCCUCUGGCCUGGCUGCUGGGCGAGUACGUGGGGAGCGCAGAGCAGUCCCGCGGCGACGCCUUCGGUUCCUGCGUGCGGCGCCUGACGCAGCUCCUGGUGCACGUGGGCCCGGGCGGCGCGGAGCCGGAGGAGGCGGCAGCGGCCGGCGGGAAGGAGGGCAGGAACGAGGAGACGCCAGCCCGGGCGGCGGCGGCAGUGGCGGCAGUGGCGGCAGCGGCAGUGAAGUGUGGCGGCCUGUGGGACGUGGUGCGGUGCUGGCGUGGCGUGGUGCAGCAGCAGGUGCAGCGGUUCCUGGAGACGUCGGGGCAGGCACCGGCCGUCGUGGAGCGGUACUGCGCGCUGUACCGGCGCCUGCGCGGGGCCACGGAGGAGCUGUUCGGGCAGCGGGCCGCCUUCGUGGCAGCCCUGGGUCAGGGCUUUGCCGGGGCUCUGCUGCAGCUCUCCUUCCUGACCGCCCUGCACGUGAGCGAGCGGUUCGCCCGCUACCUGGAUAAGAAGGUGCAGGAGCUGCACGGGGCUGUGGGCAGUAUGGGGCAGCUGCAACAGAUCCUGGAGCCCUUCGUCGUCUUCGGCGGCCUGGAGUUUGCCCACACCUUCGAGCACUUCUACCGGCUGUACCUGGGGGACCGGCUGCUGGCGCAGGGGCCCUCCUGGCUGGAAGGGGCUGUGGUGGAGCAGAUGGGGCCGUGCUUCCCCCGCCGCUUCCCUCAGGAGAUGCUGGGCGACCUGGCGGAGUCGGAGGAGCUGCGGCGGCACUUCCGCCUCUUCCGGCUGCAGGAGCGGGACCGGCGGCUGCUGGAGCGCGGCCUGGGCGCAGAGAGCACCGAGGCUGAGGCUCCAGGGGAGGCCCCUGCGGCAGAUACACCGGAGGUGGAGGUGCUGGUGUUGUCCCCGCGCUGCUGGCCCGUGUCCCCGCCGUGCUACAUGGAGGAGCCCCGGAGGUUCUUCCUGGCGGCGCUGAGCUCCCCGCUGGAUGAAUUCGCGGCCUUCUGGCGGCACAGCCAGAGCCGGCCGGACUGGGUGUGCGCGAGGCCCCAGCGGCUGCAGUGGACGUGGCUGGGCCGUGCUGAGCUGCGCUUCGCAGACUGCGUCCUCCACGUGUCCACGCUGCAGAUGUACAUCCUGCUGCACUUCAACAGCGCUGAGGAGGUGGCGGUGGAGGCCCUGCUGCAGGCGACGGGGCUCCCUGCCGAGCUGGUGCACCAGGCCCUGGCCCCGCUGACCCACGGUGAUGGCAUCCUGGUGCAGAGCUGCACGCAGGGGGCUCCAGGUGCCCUGCGGCUGAACCGGGCGGCCCUGGCCCAUGCCUCUGGCCGCCAGCUGAGGCUGCUGCCCCGGCAGAGGUACCUGCGGGCAGAGAGGGCUGAGAGCAGUGCCUUGGAGAGGAAAAGGAAUGUUCUCUGCUGCCUCAUCACCCGCAUCCUCAAGGCGGAAAAGCAGCUGCACAUCGACAACCUGGUGUUUAAGGUGAUCGAUGCCUGUGAGAAGGGAGAGCUGGGGCCAGGCCUGCAGUUCCUGAGCUUCUGCUGUCACAGUGUGGACGUGCUGUCCUGUGUCUUGCACCUGCUGAACCAGGGCUACCUCCGGCGCCAGGAUGAGAGGCCUCAUGUCCUGGAGUACGUCUCUGCUGAGCCCCCACCAGCCCCAUCCCCAGCCCAAGCCCAGGCCCAGCCCCAAGUUGCCUUCCAGACUGUAGAGAUCAAGACAGCAGCAAACCCAGCCUCUGCUGAAAGGAGACAGACAUUCUCCACUUUCCGGUAGAGAAGGACUGAGCUGGCAGGGCAUGAGCUGAGCCCAGCCCAUCACUUCCUGUGGACUUAGCACUUUUUUGGGAAUAAACAAGCCUGGCUGCACUUGGUCCCAUCUGCUAAUGUGUCAAGAGAGCUGCAGCUGACCCCGGGAUUGAGAGGAGAGGUGUUACCCCCCAGCCCUGCCUACUGGAAGGGCGGCAGGAGCCAACCUGUCUUUGCAUCGUUGCCCUUGGGCACAGAGGGAACUACACAGCCCUGCCAUAAUGGUACCAGCAUUAAUUUAUUAAAAUUAAUCCUGAAAAGUAA